CUCUGGUGGCACACAUUCGUUCCUUCCCCAUCAGAAUCCAAUUUUACCUUGAUGAUAUUCUACUACAAUCCUCAUCAUUCGAGGAGGCCCAAACCGAUUUGGCUACUUCCAUCCAAAUUCUCCAAUCUCACGGGUUCUCCAUUAACUGGGCCAAGAGUCAUCUGGUCCCAGCCACCUCUAUCCAACAUUUAGGGGCUAUCAUUGAUUCAGUAAGGUCUACAGUUUCCCUCUCCUCGGAACGCCAAGACAGCUUAUGCUCCCUUGCCCUCCGCUGUAUUGCGGACCGAUCAUCUUCUCUCCUUAGUCUGUCUUGCCUUCUGGGCAAGAUGGUCUCUACAUACGAUAUAGUGCCAUGGGCCCGUCUCCACAGUAGGGAGUUACAAUGGUUCCUGCUCCCUCAUCAACGGAAUCGAUCUAGUACUUCUCUCCUCAGAGUACCUCUAGCCCCGUCCGUCAUCUCCUCCCUCCGGUGGUGGACGUCCUUGGCCUUGUCAGGAGCUUCUGCGCAUAAUAGUCACCACGGACGCAAGCCUCCAGGGCUGGGGGGCUCACCUGUAACAUCACCUGGCGCAAGGUCAGUGGUCCUCAUCCGAGCAGCUUCUUCCCAUUAACCUCCUAGAACUAAGAGCCAUUCGUCUAGCCUUGCUUCACUUUCGGGACCUUAUCGUUUCUCGUGACGUCCUUGUCCUUACGGACAACAUUACGGCGAAGGCUCACGUUAAUAGACUGGGAGGCACUCAUUCUCGGGCUCUCAUGGACGAGACCCUGCUACUCGGCCUCUGGGCUGAAUCUCACCUUCACUCCCUUCGCGCAGAUCAUAUCUCAGGGGAGGAGAAUUCUCAAGCAGAUGCCCUGAGCAGACGUCGCCUGGACAACGCGGAAUGGAGCCUUUCCCCUUCUCUCUUCAGGGAGAUCACGAGGCGCUUUGGGUCUCCCGAAGUGGACCUCUUCGCAUCGCAGGCCAACCAUCAAGUCCCGAGGGUGCUCAGGAAAGUUCUUCAGAAACGGGCGGAGAUCAUUGUUCUUGCGCCCCGCUGGCCCCGGAGACACUGGUACUCAGACUUGAUCUCCCUAUCUGUCGCUCGACCAUGGACCAUUCCGGACGACCAGAUUCUCCUCGUGCAGGGUUCCCUUCGCCAUCCGGAUCCGACAUGGUACCACUUAACCGCGUGGAGGCUGAGUGGUUCCUCCUACGAGAGGCCAAGGUCCCCUCUUCCGUGAUAGACGUCAUCCUGGCUUCCCGCAGGCCUUCUACUAAUAGAAUCUACAACUCUACCUGGACCUCUUUUGCCGCUUGGUGUCAGCACGCUCGCAUCCACCCCCUUUCGGCUUCAAUUCUGGAGGUUUUACGCUUUCUCCUGGAGGGUUUUGACGCCGGACUAUCUCCAAACACCCUCCGGAGGCAAGCUGCCGCCAUCUCUACAGUUUUGACUUGCGGUUCAUCAUCUUCGAUUUCUCGACAUCCCGUCAUCCAACAAUUUCUGCGGGGAGCUGCAAAUUUAAGACCUCCACCUGUUCAUCGCUUCCCUACUUGGGACUUGAACAAGGUCCUCUCAGCUCUUACAACCUCCUCCUUCGAGCCUCUUCGACACGUCUCGCUCCAUUUCUUGUCCUUCAAGGUCUCCUUCUUGGUCGCAAACACAUCAGCUCGCCGCAUUUCGGAGCUGGCGGCUCUGUCAUCUCGAAGGGACCUCUGCAUUUUUCACCACAACAGGGUAGUCCUCCGGCUAGACCCAGCGUUCAUACCUAAAAUCAAUUCUCCUUUUCAUCGCGCGCAGGAGUUGGUCCUACCCAACUUCUGCCCUUCCCCUCAGCACCACUUGGAACGAUCUUGGCAUACGCUUGACGUGCGACGUGCCCUCAAAAUAUACCUGAGGCGUACAUCCUCCUUUCGGAAGACAGAGGCUUUAUUUGUCUCUUACCAACCCACGUCUAUCGGAGCCAAAGCUUAGGCACCUAUGUUGGGGCGUUGGAUCCGUGCUACAAUCUCUACGGUCUACCAGAGACAAUCAUUGCCGGUACCUCACCACAUCAUGGCCCACUCCACCAGGAGUGCGGCGACCUCUGCUGCAUGGGCAACCCAGGCUAUGUUGGAGGAAGUUUGCAGAGCAGCCGCUUGGACGAGCAUCUCCCCCUUUAUCCGCCACUAUCGUGUGGACUCGUUUGCAUCUGCUGAGGCGGCCUUCGGGCGGAGAGUCCUAUUCACUCGGCUUGAGGUAACAGGGCCCUUUCUCUUCCCUCCCAGUGGACAUUCAGCUUUGGUAUGUCCCCAGUCUGACAGACGUUCCUUACGCUGAGGAGAAUGGACGUUGGACUUACCUGAUACGUCCGUUCUCUCUUAGUAAGGAAUGUCUGUCAGCCCCACCCUUCUGGCGUGCCCUGUUCCCGGUGGGGUGGGUGGUGUUCUUUUACCUCUCUCUUUGUAUUUUCCAGGACGACACUCCAGUCUGCAUCAGCGCCCUCGCCGAAACACUGGGGCUCAACCAGUAGAGGGCGGAGUUAUUUAAAUCCGCAGACUCGGUCAUAUGCUGCAUAGUGGAGUCCAUACCCAGUCUGACAGACGUUCCUU